AUGCUAACUCCCGUCAAUACCAACCCUCCAUCCCUCCCUCGCUGUCGCCGCUCCUCUCCUCCCUUUCCUUCGCCCCCCUCUCCUCCCUCUCCUCCCUCUCUUUCCUCUCCUCCGUCACAACCCUCCCUCCCCUCCUCCUCCCCUGCUUCCUCCUCCAACCCCUCCUCCUCCACCUGCCCGCUCACGUCCCUCCGUGCCUCUCUCCCGAACCUCCCGCUGCCGGGCCUACCACUGCCGAGCCUGCUGUCGUGGCAUCGCAAGGUGGAAGGGGAGGAGGCGGCGUUGCUGAGAGAGCAAGCAGCCGCCAUCUGGCAGGUCUCUAAAGCCCUCAUGGGGCAGGGGCAGCCGGGGCAGCAGGGGCAGCAGUUGCAGUACCAGCAGGGGCAGGGGCAGGGGAAGGGGCAGGGGCAGGGGCAGGGGCAGGGGCAGGGGCAGGGGCAGGGGCAGGGGCAGGGGCAGGGGCAGCAACAGGGGCAGGGGCAGCAGCAGCAGCAGCAGCAACAGGGGCAGGGAAAGGGGCAGGGGCAGGAAACAACAGCAGGCACGGCCAGAGCUACAGCAGCUGCAGCAAAUCAUUCGACUAGUGGCAGUGUGCAGGCAGAACAGGCACACGAACAGACAGCAUGCUCGGCACACCAGCAUGGGGCGAGCGGCGGUGCGUUGGCGAGCUUUGAAGUGUCUCAAAACGCGCAUCAGAGAGGGGGAGCUGGCAGUGUGGUGGGGGCACACCAGCAGCAGGCGGGUAAUGGCAGUGCCAUCAUCCCAGCGCAACCACAUGGGUUGGUGCAGCAGCAAACGAGAAAUACGGUGGGUGCAGCACCGGCACCGGCACCAGAUGGCAGUGUGCUCUCAGCGCUUGAGCCUGAGCAUGGUGCUAAUGGCGGUGUGAUCUCAGUGCAACAGCAUGCAGCGGCGGUGUGGCAGGCGAGCAUGGGGAAGAGCAGGGAGGAGGCGGAGGCGCUGUGUGAGCAGGCUGUGCGGGCUGGCACGCUCACCCACGACCAGGCGGCUGAGUUCUGCGGCCUGCUGUCCAAAGAGAGCCUGCGCACCUUGCGAGAGGCCGUGCGGGCUGGCACGCUCACUCACGACCAGGCGGCUGAGUUCUGCGGACUGCUGUUCGAGGAGAGCCUGCGGAGCUUGAGAGAGUCUCUUUUAGUGACGGAGGACAAGUUUCGAGGGUGCUCCAUAGAGGACCUGGAGGAGAGUCGCCGGCAGGCGUGGCGGGAGUUCUGGGAGAAGCUGGAGGCGGGCAGGCGGAGAGGAGGGGCGGCUGCUGUACUCACAGCAAUGGAGGACAAGUUUCGGGGGUGCUCGAUAGAGGACUUGGAGGAGAGUCGUCGGCAGGCAUGGCGGGAGUUCUGGGAAAAGCUGGAGGCGGGCAGGCGGCGAGGAGGGGCGGGUGCUGCUGCUGCGGGCGGGCCGAAUGGGGUUGUGGGCGGAGCGACUGGGAGCGGUGCCGGCAACGGCUCGUGCAUUUUUUACGGCAGCCGCGCGUUUUUCUGA